CCCCACUGAGCCCUGCGCUGACUGGAUGGGGUCUUGGACAUCUGGUUUGUGGCUGUCUCCUGGAGAGAAGUCUCAGCAGGAAUACCUCAUGGGUUUAUCUGCCCAGUACCAGGUGGAACACUAUGAGGACUGCUAUAAUUUACUAGCUUCGUCUCCUGAGUCCCAGCUGCUGAAGCAGGUAACGCGGGGGCCCUGGGGCCUUCCCAUGGACCCAACGCUUCGCAGAGCCACAGACACCACAGCUGUCCAGCUCAGUGAGAUGGUUUCCCUGCCAGUGCUGAUAAAGCACUCCGUCACCGCCCCGCUCAUCACGCAUGUGUCCUUGGUGAAUAAGGCUGUAGUGGACUACUUCUUCGUAGAGCUGGGGGUGGAAAAACACUUUGAGGCGCUGCGUCACUUCCUGCUGAUGGAGGAUGGCGAGUUUGCACAGUCCCUCAGUGAUCUAAUCUUUGAAAAGAUGGCCAGUGGCCAGACUCCAGGCGAGCUUCUGACCCCCCUGGUCCUGAACUCCAUUCUCAGUAAGGCCCUGCAGUACAGCCUACAUGGAGACACCCCCUUAGCUUCCAACUUCACCUUCGCCCUGCGCUUCCUGCCAGAGACCUUCCACCCUCACGCCCCAGACUCCCUCAACUGUUUGGAGCUGCGUUACAAGGUUGACUGGCCGUUGAACAUCAUCAUCACCGACAGCUGCAUGAGCAAGUACAACCGCUUGUUUUCGUUCCUGCUGCAGCUCAAACACAUGGUGUGGAGCCUCAGGGAUGUCUGGUUUCACCUCAAGAGGACAGCUCUGGUGAAAGGCGCAGGCCGAUCGGUACAGUUCCAUCAGCUGCAGCUCUACAGGCAUGAGAUGCAGCAUUUUGUAAAAGUCAUACAGGGUUACAUCGCCAACCAGAUCCUACAGGUGUCCUGGACCGAGUUCACGGCCAAGCUGGCCACCGCCAGUGACCUGGACGCCAUCCACCGCACACAUGCCGAUUACCUCAACAGAGCCAUCUUCAGGGGUCUGCUGACAGAGAAAGCAGCUCCAGUCAUGAACAUCAUCCACAGCAUUUUCAGCCUCAUUCUCAAAUUUCGUGCCCAGCUCAUCGCGCAACCCUGGGACAGCCAGCAGGGGGAGGCAGUGCACCCAAGCUUCAUUGCCAUGCAGCAGUCGUACAACACUUUUAAGUAUUACUCUCACUUCCUUUUCAAAGUGGUGACUAAGCUGGUGAACCGAGGCUAUCAGCCUCAUUUAGAAGAUUUCCUGCUUCGCAUAAACUUCAACAACUACUACAAGGACUCUUAAGGUGCAUGCUGGGCUGCUUUUAAACUCCAUGUCUUUAGCCAUAAACCUCCCUGUGUUAUAAUUGUGUUUAAAGUCCUUGAAAUCCCACCUCUGCUGCACUCAAUUUAGGAAGCAAAAAGUAAUUAAUGUUUUGUCCUUAAUCAUUUCUGCGCUCUUCAGUAAUCAACACACUGCCAGCAUGGUUUAACUGAAGCUGAUGUCUGUCGUUAUAAAUUAGAUGUAUGUUUGAAACUAAUAUAAAUGAACUUUUCAUAUGUAAAUACAUUUUUUUCCAAAU